GCGCCUUUAAGGGGCGGCGCGGCGCGGGGCUCCCCCGCCCGCCCCGCGGCCCCGGCCGCAGCAGGAGCAGCCGCCGCGGCGCCCUCCGCAGCGCGGAACUCRCGGCCCGGCCAUGGUGCAGAUCGUGACGGUGAAGACGCGGCCCUACAGCGACCAGAAACCCGGCACGAGCGGGCUGCGCAAGCGGGUCAGCGUCUUCCAGAGCCAUGAGCACUACGCCGAGAACUUCAUCCAGAGCAUCCUGGCCACCGUGGAGCCGGCCGAGCGCCAGGCCGCCACGCUCGUCGUCGGCGGCGACGGCCGCUUCUACAUGAAGGACGCCGUGCGCCUCAUCGUGCGCAUCGCCGCCGCCAACGGGAUYGGCCGCCUGGUCAUCGGGCAGAACGGCAUUCUCUCCACCCCAGCUGUGUCCUGCAUCAUUAGGAAAAUCAAAGCCAUCGGCGGCAUCAUCCUGACAGCCAGUCACAACCCUGGGGGGCCCAACGGGGACUUCGGGAUUAAAUUCAACAUUGCCAAUGGAGGUCCUGCUCCUGAGGGUAUCACAGACAAAAUUUUCCAAAUCAGCAAGAAAAUUGAAGAGUAUGCGAUCUGCCCCGAUCUCCAGGUGGACCUGGGCACCAUUGGAAAACAGCAGUUUGACCUGGAGAACAAAUUUAAACCCUUUACAGUGGAAAUUGUGGACUCGGUGGAAGCCUACGCRAACAUGCUGCGGAACAUCUUCGACUUCAGUGCGCUGAAGGAGCUGCUCUCAGGGAAGAACCACCUCAAGAUUCGCAUAGAUGCCAUGCACGGAGUUGUGGGCCCGUAUGUAAAAAAGAUCCUAUGCGAAGAGCUUGGAGCCCCGGCAAACUCGGCUGUGAACUGCACGCCGCUCGAGGACUUCGGCGGCCACCAUCCCGACCCCAACCUGACCUACGCUGCUGACCUGGUGCAGACCAUGAAGACGGGAGAGUACGACUUCGGAGCUGCCUUUGACGGAGAUGGGGAUCGGAACAUGAUUCUUGGGAAACACGGCUUCUUUGUGAACCCCUCCGACUCCGUCGCCGUCAUCGCUGCCAACAUUUUCAGCAUCCCUUACUUCCAGCAGACGGGGGUGCGCGGCUUUGCGCGGAGCAUGCCCACGAGCGGGGCGCUCGACAGGGUGGCCCAUGCUACCAAGAUCGCUCUGUACGAAACUCCCACUGGCUGGAAGUUCUUUGGGAACUUGAUGGAUGCAAACAAACUGUCCCUGUGUGGGGAGGAGAGUUUUGGUACUGGCUCCGACCACAUCCGCGAGAAGGACGGGCUGUGGGCCGUGCUCGCCUGGCUCUCCAUCCUGGCCGCCCGCAAGCAGAGCGUGGAGGACAUCAUGAAGGAUCACUGGCAGAAGUACGGCAGGAACUUCUUCACCAGAUAUGACUAUGAAGAGGUGGAUGCAGAUGCAGCUGGUAAAAUGAUGAAGGAUUUGGAGACCGUGAUGUUUGACCGCUCCUUCGUGGGGAAGCAGUUAUCGAGCGGCGACAAAGUCUACACGGUUGAGAAAGCUGAUAAUUUUGAGUACCAUGACCCUGUUGAUGGAAGCGUCUCCAAAAACCAGGGCUUGCGGCUCAUCUUCUCUGACGGCUCCCGCAUCAUCUUCAGGCUCAGUGGCACCGGCAGCGCUGGAGCAACCGUGCGCCUCUACAUAGACAGCUAUGAGAAGGAUGCACAGAAGAUACAUCAAGACCCCCAGGUCAUGUUGGCACCUCUCAUUUCUAUCGCGUUGAAACUGUCACAACUUCAUGAAAGAACCGGCCGCACGGGCCCCACGGUCAUUACGUAGGCCUGGUCCCGAGCCCGUGGCGCGGCCCGCGYGCCCGCACCGAGGGAGCCCGCCCGGCCCCAGUUGUUGUCCCAUCUGCCACUACCAAGGAACGCUAAUUUCAUGUCAGUAAUUAAAACACCAUGACCCACUAAGGACAGGCAGCAGAGCAGAGCCCCUGUCAGCACUUGGUGUGCGCGUCGCUGCGCCGCUUUGCUGCYUCACCCAGCACUGAUGGCCCUUGGUGCGUGCGCCCCGUUAGCACAGCCUCUUGCCUUAGCACACGGUCCUGGGUUUUGGUUUUCUUCUUUUUCUUUCGUUUUGUUUCCUUGUUUUGUUUUGCUUGAACAAAAGGCACUGGAAAUAACAAGGCAACUAAAUUAUUUUUCCCUAUGUUUUGGAAGAUCUACUGGAAAACCAGCACUUUGUCCUUGCUAAUAUAUAGGGGUUUUUUUGUUGUUGUUUUGAUUUGAUCUCGAUAAAUAUGCCAACGCUGUGUAUGAUGGCUAAGUAUUUUUCCCUCACACGGAUGUUUUUCCCCUCCAAAAACAAGUUAUGUAAAUUGAUCCCUUUGCUCUGUUUUCC